CAGUAGUUUUCACCCCUCCUUCCCAAACCCAAACCAAAACCAGCCACCCUCUCUCUCUCUCUCUCUCUCUCUCUCUCUCUCUCUCUCUCUCUCCUUACCCCUCUCUCUCUCUCUCUCUCUCUCUCUCUCUCUACAAUGGAAGAAGAGUUGCGAAAGAGCAGAUGAGCUACUAAUCCAUCAAUCUAUCUAUCUAGAGCUGAUAGAGAAAUCCAUCACUGAGAAAGAGUCUGUUUUUUAGUUUGUCUAUACAGAGAUGAAAUCCGACAACAAUCUCUUCCACCAUCCUUUAUUCUUCUUGCUGCUGUUGUUCUGCCUCGCCGGCGCCGCGGCGCCGGCGCCGGCGCCGGAGGAAGUAAGAGCGUCGGAGAAGCUGAUUUCGUUCAAGAAGGGCCUCAAGAACCCGGACCUCCUCCCCACCUGGCUCCCCUCAAACUCCCUUUGCAGCUUCCAUGGCGUCUACUGUUCCAAUUCUACGGUUUCCUCCAUUGACCUCUCCAAUUACCGCCUCGACGCCGACUUCUCCGCCGUCGCCGCGCUCCUCCUCUCCGUCCCGACUCUGCAAUCACUCUCCCUGCGAGACGCCAAUCUCUCCGGCGAGAUUUCUCCGCCUCCCUCCGGCGACUGCUCCGGUCACCUCAAUUCGUUAGAUCUGUCGGGGAAUCAGAUUUCCGGUCCGGUUCAGGGCAUCUCCGCCUUCCGGUUUUGCCCCGGUCUGGAGCUCCUCAACCUGUCACGGAAUUCGAUGAUGGAGGAGAAUGGGGGGAAGGGGAGGCCGCGGCCGGGGGGGCUGUUGGGCCUCCGAGUUCUUGAUCUUUCUUACAACAAUAUAUCCGGCGACGACGUCGUUUCGUGGCUUCUCUCCCCCAGCUUCCCCUCGCUGCAACACCUGUCGUUGAAGGACAAUAAGGUCUCCGGCUAUGGCGGCGACCCCAAUUCCGACCUCAAUUUGGUCCAUUUAGAUCUCUCCCUCAACAACAUCUCCGCCCCCUUCCCUUCCCUCAAAUCUUUCCCUUCCCUCCGCUACCUCGAUUUCUCCUCCAACAAGCUUUUCGGAGAUGUUAAUGACGCCCUUGUACCUUGUCGGAAUCUCACCUUCCUUAAUCUCACCAACAACCAUCUCACCGGCGGCGUGCCAGCCUUGCCGGCCGGCGGCGGACUUCAGUACGUGUACCUCCAGGGGAAUGAAUUCCAGGGCGGGUUUCCGACUCCGAUGUCGGAUUUGUGCGCCUCCGGGCUGGUGGAGCUUGAUUUGUCGUUCAAUAAUUUGACAGGGCCUGUCCCGGACAGCCUGGCUGGAUGCUCCUCGUCCCUGAAGCUUCUCGAUAUCUCCCACAACAACUUCUCUGGUGAGCUGCCUGUCCACACUUUAUUACAGCUGACCAGUUUGGAGACUCUGGUCUUGUCAUUCAAUAACUUCGUCGGUCGUCUUCCCCAAGACGAUUCCCUGCUCGUGAAAAUGCUUGCCAUGGAAACCCUCGAUUUGAGCUCCAAUAACCUGUCCGGUCCGAUCCCGCCCGCCAUCUGCUCCGCCAAAAACCUCAAAGUUCUCUACCUUCAGAACAACAUGCUCGACGGUCCUAUCCCCGACAGCCUCAGUAACUGCUCCAAUUUGGUCUCUCUCGACCUCAGCUUCAAUUACCUGACGGGGACGAUCCCUUCCUCCAUGGGAUCCCUUUCCAAGCUCAGGGAUGUCAUUCUCUGGCUCAAUAUGCUCCACGGCACAAUCCCUAAGGAGUUCAUGUUCUUACAGAGCCUCGAGAAUCUCAUCCUCGACUUCAACGACCUCACCGGUUCCAUUCCGGACAGCCUCAGCAACUGCUCCAAUCUGAACUGGAUUUCAUUGUCCAACAAUAUGCUCACCGGCUCGAUCCCGCCGUCGUUAGGCAGGCUGCCGAACCUCGCGAUUCUCAAGCUCGGGAAUAAUUCGUUGUCUGGGAGGAUCCCGCCGGAGCUCGGGGAUUGCCGGAGCUUGAUUUGGUUGGAUCUCAACACCAAUUUCCUCAACGGGACGAUCCCGCCGGCGCUGUUCCAGCAAUCCGGGAACAUCGCCGUCGCACUCCUCACCGGAAAAAGCUACGUGUACAUCAAGAACGACGGGAGCAAGAAGUGCCACGGGGCCGGGAAUUUGCUCGAAUUCGGGGGCAUUAGGCAGGAGCAGCUCAAUCGAAUUUCGACGAGGCAUCCGUGUAACUUCACCCGCGUUUAUCGCGGGAUCACGAAGCCGACGUUUAACAACAAUGGCUCGAUGAUUUUCCUCGACCUGUCGUAUAAUAAGUUGUUCGGGAGCAUCCCAAAGGAGCUCGGGUCGAUGUACUACUUGUCGAUACUCAACAUGGGUCACAACGAUCUCUCCGGUCCGAUCCCGCAGGAGCUCGGGGGGCUCAAGAAUGUCGCGAUUCUCGAUUUGUCGUACAAUCGAUUGAACGGAUCGAUCCCGCAGUCGUUGACGGGACUCACAUUGCUCGGCGACGUUGAUCUUUCGAACAACGAGUUCUCCGGGAAGAUCCCGGAAUCGGCGCCGUUCGACACAUUCCCUGAUUACCGAUUUGCCAACAAUUCCGGACUCUGCGGGUACCCGCUCCCUGCCUGCAGCAGCUCUGCGUUAGCAUCGGGAAACAAUCGCCCGAAGACGCACCCGAAGCGCGGAUCGCUCGCCGGAAGCGUUGCGCUCGGGCUGCUCUUCGCCCUAUUCUGCGUGCUCGCGUCGGUGAUCGUCGCCGUCGAGACGAAGAAACGGAACAAGAAGAAGAAAGAGGCGGCGGUCGAGGCGUAUAUGGACAACAACAAUUCAAACUCGGCGACGGUGAACACGAACUGGAUGAAGAUGAGCGCGCGCGACGCGCUCAGCAUCAGCCUCGCAACAUUCGAGAAGCCGUUGCGGAAGCUCACAUUCGUCGACCUUCUAGAAGCGACCAACGGGUUCCACGCCGACAGCCUCGUCGGCUCCGGCGGGUUCGGCGACGUGUACAAGGCCCAGCUGAAAGACGGGAGCGUCGUCGCGAUCAAGAAAUUGAUCCACGUCAGCGGGCAGGGUGACCGCGAGUUCAUGGCGGAGAUGGAGACGAUUGGGAAGAUCAAGCACCGGAAUCUCGUGUUGUUGUUAGGCUACUGCAAGGUCGGCGAGGAACGGCUGUUGGUGUACGAGUACAUGAAGUACGGGAGCUUAGACGAUGCGCUGCACAGCCGGAGGAAGUCGGACGUGAAGCUCGAUUGGGCGGCGCGCCGGAAAAUCGCGAUCGGCGCGGCUCGCGGGCUGGCAUUCCUCCACACGUGCGUCCCGCACAUCAUCCACCGGGACAUGAAGUCGAGCAACGUUUUGCUCGACGAGAAUCUCGAGGCCCGCGUCUCCGACUUCGGGAUGGCGCGGUGGAUGAGCGCGAUGGACACGCAUCUUAGUGUGAGCACGCUCGCCGGGACGCCAGGAUACGUCCCACCGGAGUACUACCAAAGCUUUCGGUGCUCGACGAAGGGCGACGUGUAUAGCUACGGCGUCGUGCUGCUCGAGCUGCUCACGGGGCGUCCGCCGACGGAUUCGGCGGAUUUCGGCGACAACAAUCUCGUCGGGUGGGUGAAGCAGCAUGCGAAGGGGCGAGUGAGCGACGUUUUCGAUCCGGCGUUAAUCGACGAGGACCCGAGCUUGGAGAUCGAACUCCUACAGCAUUUGAAGGUCGCGUGCGCUUGCCUCGACGAUCGUCCGUGGAAGCGUCCGACGAUGAUACAAGUCAUGGCUAUGUUUAAAGAGAUCCAGGCGGGAUUGGGUUUCGACUCCGGCGGCGGCGCCGCCGCCGUGGAGGAGGAGGACGGCGGCGGAUUUGGUGUAGGUGAAGGUGUGGGGAUGAGCAUUAAGGAAGGGAAUGAGCUCAUGAGCAAGAAUGUUUAAGAUAGAUUUUUUUUGUUUUUUUUUGUUUUUAGGAUAAGGAAAUUUUCCCAAAUGGUGUAAAAAGUAAACAGUGUAACUUUUGUAUUAGAAAAUGAUGUAUAAGUUAGUC